UUAGACUGGCUGCUUACCUUGCCUACUGUAGCCUACAUUCAUAUUUUUAAAAUGAGCCAAAGUGUCUUGAAACUAAAUUGUGGCAAACAUCAUUGGAUUAGUUAAUAAUCGCAUUGUUAUCAGAAUUCAACUUAUGACUGUUUUUAAAUAUACAGUUGCGGUAAAUUAUCGUUAUGAUUUUGCCUCGUGAAACCAGUUCUCACGCGCUAUCCAUUCCUCAACCGCAUCGCGCAUGAAUUUGGGGUUAUUUAUAAUACUUUGAAGUUGAGGGUUAUGUAGCUAUAUAGCCGUGCUGAUAUUCUAGUUUUGUUCAAUUUUAUAAUUGUUGUCUUCAAAGGUUAUUUUGCCGACUGUCAACUUCAGCCAUUUCUAGCCUAUAAAAUGAACUGGGUUGGAGGUUCAAGGAACCGCUUUAUGAUGAGAAACGACCUGAAGAAGCAAAGGGAGUACUUUGAAAAGAAGAAGAUGCAGAGGAAAACGAAAAUACCCCUUCCGAGCUCCCCGAAGGACACUGGCUCUGGCAGUGUAGACCUGGUGACAUUAUUCAUUGUCAACCAGAUAGCUGCCAAGAAAGAAAACUGUGAACUACCUAAAAUAACUCACCUCAACGAUAACAGAGGAUGUGUUGGGUUGAUAAAAGGUGAACCUUUGGAGCUACCCAUGAGUCCCUGUUCUUCUUCUCGUCUCAGUCUUGUAGAGAGUCAGCCACAGUACAGUUUCAAUGGAAUUAGAAAAAGAAAGCAUUGCUUCCCUGAGGGUUUCAAGUGCCAACAGCUAUCUCCAGUGCUUGAGUCCAACCUGUCAGACAACAGUGCAUCAGAUUACCAGCUGGCCCACAUAGCUGACACACUGAGCCCCUUCUCCUCCUCAUCCUCCGCCUCUUCUUCAGGCCUGUUCCCCCUCCAGCUGAAAGGCCAGACCCAGCUGUUCCCCCUCCAGCUGAGAGGCCAGACCCAGCCGCAGCGCUCCCCUCGUCCCUGGGGCGCCACCUCCAAAAAAGCCCAGGUACUGAGCUCCUCUCACGGUGAAUGCCGAUGCAGUGUUUAUCUUGAUGUAACGCUCUGCUCUGCCCUUCAGUUCAGACCUUACUCCCACCCUAGUGGGAUGAGAGAGAGCCCUCCAGGGGGCGCUGUACCAGCGGGACCUCCACGGUAUCAUCAGACACCCUCGCUGUCCACAGUCCUGUUUGGAAGCACAGGGUCAGACAGCACAGAGACCAGAAACAAGGAUAUUCACACUUUGGGCUUCUCUCUCAAGCAGCCUGACUCUGAGGAGCUGCUCACAGAAGAGGAACUCUUCAGAGGGUUCAGCAAUGAGUUUAGGAGUGACGCUUAUUUUGGGAAGGGGAAUUCAAAAAUAUCUCUGAAAGCAGACUCACAAAACUCUUCUUCGAAACCACCGGAUGUGAAGCAACCACACAGCAUACAUCCUAUACCAGACUCUCUCACCCAGCUUUCCGACUGUGCUGACGUCACUUCCUCAUGUCUGGAACAGAACCAUGCUUCAGUGGAUUGCGGUGGAUCUUCUCCUAGUUACUCUCCUAGAGGAGGUUACUUUAGCUCAGAGUCUGAUGAUGAAAACGAUUGCCACCAGUGUGUACAGGAACGACCUCAUUCACUCCCAGCUCAGCUUCGCCCUGAUGGGACCCUGGGCGCUAGCGAGGCCUCUCCAUGGAGUCCACCCCCAGCCCCCUGUGAGCGCAGCCCAGGCUCCAGGAGCAGCUACGACCUGGGAGCGGGGACGAGCCCUGGUCUCUCCGAGAGGCUUUGUAACUGUGCAAGUUCAAACUGUAGCCUGACAGACAGGGGUGGGCGUUAUCGAGCACAAAGCUUGAUAACGGCCAGACACAAGAUUGUCGCCACCCAAACGCGAGACAUGGGGACUCAGACUGUUUUGCCUGAAACCUGCCAAACAACAGAAGCCUCCACUCAGUGUAGCUUUGCACCUGAGCGCAAUACAAACAAUCAUUGUCAAUGUUGCACUCUUGGCAAUGAUUCAAAGCAGUUGUGUGUGGCUGCUGGUGGUGUAGUACCGACUCAAGUCCACAGGGGGCAGGCAAGUCCCAGAGAUGGAGGUCUGAGACACGGAGCACGGCCAGACUGGAUCAGAGUGAGGCGAGAAGAACAAGAGCACACACCCUGGAGGAGAGUAACAACAGGAGAGGACAGGACUGGGCACCUGUCAAUCAACUCUGUCCAUAAGCCCCUCCACCUCCUCACUGAGAGCAGAGUGAGCAUGCAGAGUCCGGCCACUCCCAUCCUGGGAGAUGUGCUGAGCACCAACGUGACAGAAUCAGAUAAGCAGAUGGAUCAAAGAGUAGACAGGGUAAAAGGAGAGGUACUCGACCCUGUAGGAAGAGAGGGGGAAGCUCUCAUCACAAACCUGGCUGAGAAGCAACAGAAGGUCACGUCCGAGGAUGGAGUUACCAGGCUGUCAGAAGAGGACCAGACUCUCCACGAAAUAUCAGAUGUUCUGCUUAUGUUGAAGGAGAGAAAGAAGAGCGAGGGCAGUGCAUGAAAACAGAGAAGUCUGGAAAUGUGCUGGCGAAAAUGAAGAAAGAGGGAGAGAGAAAGGGAGUACAUGUUUAAGGCUUAUUUAGUUCAUGUUGACAGAUCAGCCAUGCUGGUCUACAUACUUUAAUUGAGGGUGCAGUUUGCUCAGCUGCCGCUCUCUAAGCCUGAGGGACUUUCAUCAACACAAAGCGAGACGUUGCAAGAUUAGUCGUUUAUUUCUUUCGCAAGAUACAUAUUCAAGUGUUCCAAUUUCAUGAAUAUUUAGUUGUAUGUAAUAUAAAUUCUAGCAAAACAUUUACAGCAACAAUAAUUAAAUGUACUAUACAGCACUAAUAAAUAUAUUUUUUUCUCCA